UAGUUUAGUCUGUAGAUGACCUACAAGUGCUGUGGUGACUACAAAGAUACUAUAUGGGAGGAUCUUUCAACAUCAACAGAAAGUCCUCAGAGCCUUAGAAGUGAAGUGUCAGCACACUAAUGGUGUCACUUUAGGAUGUUACACCCAGAUUGUAUUAUACAAAUUUGAAUAUCGGACUGAUUUAAACAGAGGCAACUGAAAGUGCUGAUAUAAUAUCACUGUCACAGUAACCACUGAAUCGGUACUAUAGCAACCAUAUUAACUUCAACAGUCAAUGUGUCACAGCAGAAAUAGAUUUUUUUGGACAAUUUUUUACAGAAAUCUUAAACUACAGAAAUCUUUUGUUCUGCAGAAAUCUUUGUGACUUGAAUACUUCAGUGAGAAACAUGGCCAGAGAAAGAGAAAUAUUAAAGCAGAUUUUAGGACUUACCGUGGCUAUCUUGAUUACCCAUUUGUUUGAGGUGGAGACAAAUGAAUUGCAAGAAGCAAACAUGGCUUUACAGUUUAGCUACAUAGAUGAACCACAGCAUCACAUAAGACAAAGACGAGCAGUCCCAUAUACAGUCCCAUAUACAGUCCCAUAUACACAGGCUGAAAUUGAGAUUCAUGCAUCAGACAUCUCUGUGAUCAAUGAGCUGAAGAUUUAUCUGCAUGAGCUUAUUCAAAAUAAUACUGUGAUCGACAAUGUGACAUUAGUUGAUUUAAGCUUCACCACAGUUUGCAACAUGUUACCAGGUACCACUGAUUACCAGUGUAAUUGUGAGAAUCAGUAUGUAUGGCCUUGUGACAAAUGUACAGAAUAUGGGAGCUGUAAUAACAGCAUCACUAACAACACAUGCAGCUGCAUCAAUGCUUAUCCAAAUAAUGGACAGUUCUGUCGGCCAAUCAGCGAGAUGACAAAUGCCACAACAUGUCAGCAAACAGAUGUGGAUGAAUGUGUUGAGAUUCCUGAGAUCUGUGGUCCAAACUCAAUCUGCAACAACACUGCUGGGAAUUACAAUUGCUCGUGUAUGAGUGGAUAUAAUGUUACCAAUCCGAACCUCCCUAUAAACGUCAGUAACCCAUGCACAGCUACAGCCAAACCAGCAACUACAGCCAAACCGGCAACUACAGCCAAACCGGUAACUACAGCCAAACCGGCAACUACAGCCAAACCAGUAACUACAGCCAAACCGGUAACUACAGCCAAACCAGUAACUACAGCCAAACCAGUAACUACAGCCAAACCAGUAACUACAGCCAAACCAGCAACUACAGCCAAACCAGUAACUACAGUCAAAACAGCAACUAUAGCCAAAACCAAGGCUACAGUCAAACCAGCACAACCACCACCAAUAACACUGACAGUUAUAAAAAUGUCUAUGAGGAUAAAUAUAAUUUUUGAGACCAGCCUCACCAACAAUGCUAAUCAGAAGUACAAACUGUAUGAAGAUCUCAUUAAAUCUGCAAUUGAAAAUAGUUACAGGAAUCUGCCUAACUACAUUAAAGGUUCAGUACAUGUCAUUGGCUUCAGGUCUGGUAGCAUUAUAGCAGACUACACGAUCACUGCAAACAGCACCAAUCUGGAUUUUACAGAUGCAAACAAAGAAGUUACCGACACUCUAGCAAAGGCAGGAAUCCCUUUAGCUCAGGAUGCUUUUGCUAAUAGUGUGGAAACAGUUCUGACAACCAAAAAUAAAUAUUAUCCUCAGCAAGAUGUGGAACUGACGUGUAAACGUCCAGUUUCUGUUUUGGGAGCUAUGAAAUGGAGUGUGAAUGACAAAGAUCCUGCAGGAAACAGUGCAAAAUACACCAUUUCAAAUGACGGUAGCACUCUCAUUGUGAACAAUGCAAGUGAAAGUGACAGUGGUAGAUACUCAUGUAUCAUACAAAGCUCCCCAAUACCUUACAUUCAGUGGCAAACAGUAUCUAUUGAACCACGUCCUAAUAUUAUAGUGGAUAAAACUGAUAUACAGCUUCAGUGUCGAGACAAAACUGUCACACUAACAUGCUGUGCUGAUGGUUACUCAGUUGAGUGGUCUGGGACUGUUGCUGGUGAUGAUGUGACAAAUUCAGGAUCUGGUUGUAUUACAUUACAACAUCAAAUAAGCACAACGUGUGGGACUAAUGAAAACUUAACAUGCCGACUAAAGGACAUGCCAGAAUUACAAACAUUUGAUUAUAGCAGCAGGACAGUGAAAGUUCAGACAGUCAAUGUGUUUAACUGUAUAAGUGACACACUUGGAGUUGGAAAAAUAGGUGACAUUGUAACAGGAUUGUGUGAAAAAGGCCUGGAAGGCCUCAUAACUUAUCAAUGUAAACAGACAACAGAUCUCAAAUAUGACUGGACAGAAGUACAGAAAGAUUGUGUUGUUCCGGCUAUCAAAGACCUUGAGAGGAGAUCUGAGGUUUUAUUUGUGGAGCAGAUUCCAGUGUUCAUGACAAACCUCAGUAACACUGCAGUGCAAGAUAAACCUGCAAUAACAAAAUCUGCUGACACUGUGCAAACCAUUGUUAACAUCCUUACCACAGUUGCUAGUGUCUCACAAAAUAUUAACAUCAGUCAGCCUGUGAUGGUGGAUUUUCUUAAAACAGUGGACAUCAUUGUAUCAGAUGCAUCUAAAAACUCAUGGACAGAUUUGAACAAUGACAACAAAACAGAAAACAAAAGCACUGAACUUCUUCAAGCUAUUGAAACUAUGAGUGAUCGGCUCUCUGAUGUCGAUGAUUAUAUGUUUAAUGAAACCUCCAUUCAGUUAAAUAGAACAAGAAUUGAAAACUCAUUCACUGGAUCAUCUUUACUCCCAAACUCAACUACUCAGAUUGUGAUACCAAAGGUUCUUAAACCGACACUUAUGACGACUAUUAUCUUCACAAAACUUGACAAUGUUUUACCAACUCGAAAUACUUCUAAUAAUGACAACAAGACAUCAGGAAACCAAAUCAAUGGAGAUGUUGUUGUUGUAAGGGUUAAUAACGCAAUUAACAACAUUUCAUUUACCUUUGAUACUACAAAUACAUCAUUGAAAAAUCCUCAGUGUGUCUUUUGGAACUUUUCUCUGGACCAUUGGGAUACCAAAGGAUGUAAAGUGAAGCCAUCAGGGAAUAACACGGUUACAUGUGAAUGCGAUCACACAACCUCUUUUUCAAUCCUGAUGUCUCCGUUUGCAAUUGAUAACCCUGCCUUAGCCUAUAUAACAUAUAUUGGUGUAGCUAUUUCAAUGGCCAGCUUGAUUCUGUGCCUCAUCAUUGAGAUGAUCGUAUGGAAGUCAGCAACAAGAAAUGACACGUCGUACAUGCGUCACGUCUCAAUAGUCAACAUUGCUGUGUCACUGCUGAUCGCAAACAUCUGUUUUAUCAUCGGAGCUGCAAUUGCAGACCAAGAGCAGCCAACUUCAGUGGGUCGCUGCAGUCCAGUGGUUUUCUUCAUGCACUUUUUUUACCUGGCUGUUUUUUUCUGGAUGUUCAUUUCAGCACUUUUGCUUCUUUAUCGCACCGUCAUGGUCUUUUCUCAGAUGUCAAAAACUAAUAUGAUGGUCAUUGCCUUUAUGGUUGGUUAUUGUGCACCUUUGCUCAUAGCGGUUAUUACUGUCGCAUCCACAGCUGGACCUAAAAACUAUAUUUCAAAAGAAAAUGCAUGUUGGCUGAACUGGUUUGAAUCUAAGGCCCUGCUGGCAUUUGUGAUUCCAGCUCUGACUCUCAUCGCCUUUAACCUCCUGGUUUUGAUUGUGGUUGUGUGUAAGAUGGUCAGGAGAGGAGUUGGUGCUUUAACUAAUUCAAAUGAGAAACACACUCUUGUGGUCAUUGCCCGAUGUGUGGCCAUUCUGACUCCUAUUUUUGGUCUAACAUGGGGAUUUGGCAUUGGAACCAUGGUGUCACGUAACUUUGGCCUUCAUGUGGUGUUUGCAAUCCUUAAUUCAUUGCAGGGAUUCUUUAUUUUGGUGUUUGGAGUUCUUCUGGACAGCAAGAUCCGCGAGAUAUUGGCAGGAAAGUUUUCACUGAGGAGCCUUACCAGCUCUGACCGUACCAGGAGCACUACUGCAGGACAACCUUCAAGUGGACCGCGUUUGUUUCAAAGGAUAAGGAGAAAUGUGUACAACGUAUCUGAAGCCAAUGCUUCCUCAGGACUAUCAUCUUCAAACAGCUCCAGUGAGGCAUAUUCUUCAUUGAGUCCAUAACUACUUCAUGAUCUAAAGCCAGAGGACCUUUACAAAACCUGUUUCCUUUCUGUUUCUGUUACCUGCUUUCAUCUUUCAUGAUAAAUAAAAAAAGGGAUAUGAAUUGCUAUUUGGUAUUUCAUUUAUCAAAACACAAACAGAGCUGUGCAACUACUGUAGACCCAUAUUAUUGAUACUAUAUCAACUUUCUGUUAUAAGUGAAAGUCGAAUCAUGCCGCUUAUCAUGGUAUUAUUAUUAAAUACAUUUUAAAUUCACAUUUUUAAAAAUAAUAUAUCAAAGUCUUAUCUACACUUUCUUGUUUUCAAACAAAUGCCCAAAAUAAAUGUUUUAAUAAUAGAGUG